UCUUUUAUACCCAGUUUUAUAAUUGAUGUCCUAAUUAUACCCCUUCUUCCAUUCAAAAGACUAGUACGCAAGUUUUCACUUUCUCACUCUUCAGACUCAUCAUCUUCUCCAUCAUUCUGACAUCGCCAUCCACCAUUGAUCCCACCCACCGGCGUCGCCAACCACCACUAAGCAUAGCAGAUUCAUUCAAGCUAUAUGCACACAUUGUUUCAUAACUCUAUGUCUUCAUCCAAGCAAUAUAUACAUUCCUUGUUCUAUCUGGUUAUAGUGUGCUAGAGUUAAUGUUGGCACCAGGUGGAGGCAGUCGGAGUUGGAGGCAGGCAGACGGAGAGGCAGUCGACUCUCUUGGUUCCAGCUCCAGCCCAUGGACCGUCUCGAAUCCAGCUCCAGGCCGUGGACCCUAUCGACUCCAGCUCCUAGUCAUUGACUCUCGGUCUCAGUCACUCCGUCACUCAUCUUCGUUCACAGCUCCAUCACUCACUCCGUCGCCUCUCGGUCUCCAGCUCCGUUCACGGCUCCGUCACUCACUCAUCUCUCAUAGGCAGCUGGUUACAUCACUCACGAGAGUCACUAGUCAGUCUCGGUACCACACGGUGCACACACUCAGUAAUGUUUAAGAUUGCCUUGGUUCUUCUUCUUCGACUUAUUCGGCACUGAACUUUGGAUUGUUGAAAUUGGCUUGUUUUUCUUCUGCCUUCGGUAUGUUCUUAAAUGGGUUGUCUGCGUUGUUUAUUUCUUUGAUUGUAAAAACAGGUUCUUGGAGAAGAGAGUUUAUGAACCCCCUUUGAUGUUGUAAACCAGUUUUUAGUUUGUCUUCUCUUUAUUAUAAUGUAUAUGUUCUCAAAUAUCUGUAGUGACACUACAAAGCUCUUGCUUUGAAUAAUUUGGUUUCUGGUUUUGUUUCCUUUUGGGAGGUUGGCCCCCAUGUGGCAACCAUCUUAGUUUCUGAGGCUUAAUAAAUGGUUCUUUUCACUCUC